AUGCCGAAGAAUAAAGGAAAGGGUGGAAAAAAUCGCCGCAGGGGCAAAAACGAGAACGAUGACGACAAGCGGGAGCUCGUCUUUCGUGAAGAUGGCCAGGAGUACGCUCAAGUCAUCAAGAUGCUCGGAAACGGUCGGCUCGAGGCCCAAUGUUUCGAUGGCGAGAAGCGUUUAGCGCACAUCCGAGGCAAGAUGCGUAAAAAGGUGUGGAUUAAUCAGGGCGACAUUGUGCUGCUCUCCCUCCGCGACUUCCAAGACGAUAAAGCAGACGUCAUCGUCAAAUAUACGGCCGAUGAGGCCCGUAAUCUGAAAGCAUAUGGUGAACUACCCGAGAACGCCAAGAUCAACGAGACAGACACGUUCGGUGAAGAGGACGGUGAAUGCACGUUUGAAUUCGGAGACGAAGGCGACUUGGACAUUGACGACAUUUGA